GAUAGCAAAAUGCGGCAACAGAGAUUUGUCCAUUCUAACCAGUAAUGUUGGGAGCGACUACUCAAAUUGUCCCAGAAGACUAAACCUGAGUUUGCUCCACGGGAUCGAAUUUCACACUUGGAGAAUGAAGUAAGAGACGGAUUCGGCAUUGAUCAUAAGCUGUUUGACCGGAGAAGUAGGGUCAAUGUCGCUUUGCUUAAAUCUAGCACUAAAACAUAACUUCUCUGUAGUGUGAAACUGGCCUGAUGAACUGUUCCUGUGUGCCAAUAUUUUGACCUAGCUCGGCCAGUGGAAUACUCGAUACAACUCAAAUACUCGAUACAACUCACAGCAGCCACUGCUUCCUGACUCUGAUCACCGCCCCCUGGACCCCACAGACUCUCCCUUCCCUCUGCUGCCGACCACUUGGAUCUGUGGUGGCGACCCACUGCCGGUCAUCAAUCAGAAACCACCGUGCCGGACACCCGAAGGAAAAUGUUGACUUCGUUACAAUCAGCGCCAACGUAUUUCCAUUGAGGACUUCCGUUCCGAGUUCGGGGAGAUAACAGACGCCGAGCGAGCGAGAUGAUCACUUGCACCAUUCGGCUGAAGUUGUGGUGCGAGGUCCACAAACUGCAGGAGGCCGACGUCACCGGGUAGGACCGACUUUCCCCACAGAUUAAAACACUAAGCAUCCGUGCAUCAGAGGGUUGUUGAGGCUGGAACCUCGCCCGCUGGAUGAGCAUCGCCGUGGGUAACUUCGCACCGACAGCGGCUGAACAUUCGCUCUGCGAACUCAACGGCCCUCAACAGCUCAACACAGCCCGCGGCACCAUGCGGUUUGCAGAGGCUCCUGAAGUGUGUGGCCUCCGCCUUUUCACAUACCUCUCUGCUGUUACUGCCGCUCUAACACUGAGGAUGCAUCAGGACAGAGUGAAUGGAACCGCCGGCCAGUCCGUGCUCCUGCCCGUCUCUUACACAGUCCCGGACCCACACCGGUAUCUGCGGAUCACAUGGACCAGAGGCGGGAACGCUAGUGUAUGUAUAGAAUAUACCUGCUUCUCGGGGCAAGAAUGUCACCUCAGUGACAGUAGAUCACACCUCACUGUCUCUGAACCAUAUAAACACCGAGCGCUGCUUUUCCCGGAGAACGCUUCACUGUUACUGAGAGACCUGCAGAUCAACGACAGUGGGAUUUAUGAAUUAUCCAUCGUCCACUCUAUGGGAACAGAAAAAGGAACCUUAACAUUAGAGGUCCGACCUGCCACCGAAAACGCCAUCGACACUGGGAGCGGAAUCCACGCAGGGAUUACAGCGGCUACAGACAGGAUCCCAGUGAUAAAGAAUGAAUUCAUUAUUCCACCUGUCGUGUUCGCUGCUGCUGUCAUCAUCAUCUUGUGCCUUGUUGUGAAAAUGCGAAGAGUCUGUAAAGGAUCUCAGCAACAAAAGGAAGAGCAACAUACUACGCAGGAUCACAGGGAACCACAGGAGGGAGGUGCUGUGUACAACAUUGAAGUCAGUUGGACUCAACAGAUCAAUGCGGAAAGGGAAACGCACACAACCACAGAAUCAGAUGUGUAUUCUUCAGUGCAGGAAAAUUCAUCGGCAAACUGCCCGGCUGUGUGGUAUACAGAGAGGGCAUCACAGGGUAUUACAGGAACGAACAGAAAGAAGGUGGAAAAUCCUGAAGAGAACGCGGAAUAUGAUAAGAUUUGGUUUGGGAAAUAAGCACAAGAUAUCGAUUUCCCCAUUUCUGUUGGACCGUGGUUUGAUGCGCUGGGGGCAGCCUGCAAGUUCUGGCACCAACAUAGCACGCCUACAACUCACUAUCCCUAACCCGGACAUCUACAGAAUGUGACAGGAAACCAGAGGACUUGGCAGAAACCUACAGACUGUUGACAGACAGUGGCAAAGAUCAAGCUCCCAUUAGUGAUUCCUGAUGUUGUAAAGCUACCACCACGUUACGGUGUCUUUUAAAAAUAUUUCUAUUACAGGUGAUCAUCUAAAUGAUGUCCAAUUAAUGAUAUGUCAUAAUGACGACUUUGAUUAUGUCUAUUAAAUGCUACGUCCAAACGUACAAUUGAAUUACUGUUGUUACUGUGUGCACAUAACUGUGAAUAUUAAA